GACUUGUCAAACUUCCUGCUUCUCCGCUGCGGCUCCUCGGAACUUUUUCUCCCUGACAUGAGGAGACGCGUUUAACCAGCGGAAGCCGGGGACCAGCUUCACUUCAUGGGACGAACUUUAAGCCGACCAGAGGACAGUGUUCGGACUCUAUGAUUCGACCAGAAACAUCGAUAUUUAUUGAUCCAUGUUUGUGGUUUUUGUGUCUCAGCCACUAAAUCCUGAAUCAUGGAGGACCCGGACAGAGGAGGACCUCAGAGGAAAAUGUCAACAGCAGGAGACAGUUUGUACAAAGUCCUGGGCCUGGAGAAAGGAGCAACUCCAGAGGAAAUAAAGAAGGCGUACAGGAAGCUGGCGUUGAGGCAUCAUCCCGAUAAGAACCCAGACAACCCAGAAGCUGCUGAGAGAUUCAAAGAGAUCAACAAUGCCAACUCCAUCCUCAGCGACGAGAACAAACGGAAGAUCUACGAUGAGUUCGGCUCCAUGGGCCUGUACGUGGCGGAGCAGUUCGGCGACGAGAGCGUGAAAUACUACUUCCUCAUGACUAAGUGCUGGUUCAAGGCACUUAUGGUGUGCUGCGGUAUUUUCACCUGCUGCUGCUGUUUCUGCUGCUGCUGUUUCUGCUGUGGGAAGAUGAAAUCGUCAGAGGAGGAGGAGAAUUUCGUCUACAUGGAUCCAGACGACCUGGAGAGAGAGAUGAGAGAACAGGAUGCAGCAGGAGGCGAUGUAAUAGUUAUUCAGCCGAGCCCUAGCGCUGCCGAAAACAAAUCAGGUGAAAACGCACCGAUCGUGAUCCAGCCUCACAUGACUGACCGUCCUUUGGGGCCUGGAGACACUCAGCUGGCACACACAGGCGAGGGAAUGAAUAAAUGAACGAAUGAACGAGUGAGUCGAGUCGAGCUUCAGACUCUGGACUGUCAUGAAACCAGGUCGUGGCUGUGCUGAUUGUUUUCAAAGUGUCUGAUGAUGAGUGUAAAAACAGUGUCUGUGUUUAUGCGUUUGUGUUCAUCUCAGAGAUGUAUUUGUUUACAUGAAUCACGCAGCAAUUUGAUUGUGCCAUAGUUAGUUUUUUUUUUUUUUUAAUGCCAAUGGGUUUGUCUUUGAUCCAGUCUCAUAUUUAUUUUUUAAACAUUUUAUUUUUCAGUAUAUUGGGCAGAAUCUGUGCAUCAGCAACUAACGACAAAGCCGUGCAGAUCAAAGCUCUGGUUAUUGUUUUCAUGUGCACUUUAAAAUAGUAAAAUCCUAAACCUGCCAUGAUGCAUUUUGGCUCAAUGUCAGAAAUGUUUUAAUGUUUUUUUUUUUUUUAAAUAAGCCAAUUCAUGUUUCUCAGAUUGUUAGAGGGCAACCACAUGAGAUAUGAGGUGUUCAGUCAUAUUGCACAUAGAUACAUAUUAUAGAAACAAGAUAAAGGGCUGGAGCAAUGAAUUUCCAUCAAAAUUAAAUAAAUGUACAGUGUUGUAAUUAUGAUUUAUGACAGAAUAUUUGUUUAAAAUCCUGUACAUAGCCCAGUGAGAAUUAAUAAUGUAACGCUGACACAUUUACUGUUGGUUAGUUUGCUGUACCUGCACAUUUUGUGACCUCAAAGAUAAAACACAAGGGAGGGUGAAUCAUUUUAAAAAAGGUACUGAUAAUGAUCGCACAAACCCUAACUUUUCCUACACUUGAAUCUGGAGCCAACACUGUUUUUUGCCAAUUUUUUUCGGUUUCUCUGUUCAACCUGACGUGAUCCAGGUGUGUGAGACGACUUACUGCCUGUAGGAGCAGUGAAUAAGUACAGGGAUCAGGUAAAUUCAUAAAUAUAUUUUUGAUUGGAAGCUUUUUGACAAAAUUGAGUGUGUAUUAAUAUAAAGCCUUAAGUUAUGUCACCUUUGAUCAUGUUUAUAUUAUGUUUUAUAUUUCUGCUGGGUGUGCUUCAUCAGGUUUCGUUUAUACAAAUCUGAAUCUAAUGGUAUUUGUGUAUCAUUUUCAACAUUUGAUCUCUUUUUCUUCAGCACGAAAAGGUCGACUUUCACAGACUGUCAGACAGUUUAGUUAACUCACAGAAGUGCCUGAAUACAAGUGGGAUCAACUGUUUUUUUUAAAGAUAAUUCACAUUUUUUGAUCAGGGAUUUUAAAGAAAAGGUGUAUAUUUUGUUUCAUCAUCUCAGCAUUCCCAGGUAUUUUACCUCUUUCAACUUUUACAUGUUUUCACACUCUUUGUUUCUAUGAAAUUAAUGUUUGUCUGAUCAAAUAAACUUGGGCGAUACUGGAAAUAUC